CAGCAGAAAAGGACCUGAGGAUAUUAGUCAACAGCUGGCAGAACAUGAGCCAGCAGCGUGCUCAGGUGGCCAAGAAGGCCAGUGACAUCCUGGCUUGGAUCAGAAAUAGUGUGACCAGCAGGACCAGGGAAGUGAUUGUCCCCCUGUACUCAGCACUGAUGAGGUUGCACCUUGAAUACUCUGUUCAGUUUUCCGCACUACAAGAAAGACACUGAGGUGCUGGAGCAUGUCCAGAGAUGGGCAAUGGAGCUGGUGAAGGGUCUGGGAGCACAAAUCUGAUGAGGAGCAGCUGAGGGAACUGGGGAUGUUUAGCCUGGAGAAGAGGAGGCUGAGGGGAGACAUGAUCACUCUCUACAGCUACCUGAAAGGAGGUUGUAGUGAGGUGGGGGUCAGUCACUUCUCCCAAGAAGUGAGUGACAGGACAAGAGGAAAUGGGCUCAAGUUGCACCAGGGAAGGUUUAGACUGGAGAUUAGGAAGAACAUUUUCAUUGUGAGAGUUGUUAGAUACUGGAAUGGGCUGCCCAGGGAGGUGGGGUCACGAUCUCUGGACCAAUGGUUGCUCGUAUGCCCAAGGUCACUUGCUUCCUCCCACCACUCCUGAGGGUUUAGCAGCAUGCCCCCAGCAGAUCUGCCUGCUGUAGUUCCCCACUGAGGCAGGUGGCUUUCCUAAGCCCAUGGCAACCUGUGCCACUAGCAGCUGGUUUGGGAAAAUGAGCAUGGGCAGCCCAAAGCUCUGGUCCUCCUCUGCAGGCUAGUGCUCCUCUCCCCUCCCACUCUCAGGUGCUGGGAUUGAGGUUUGGUUGGCCCUCAGGGCUGUCUGUAAGGCUUUGCCCAUCCCUGGGAGCUGCACCUCACCCCAGAGAGGCCAUUGGGCAGCAGGCAAGCAGCAGGCAAGCUGAGGUGGCAGAGACCAGCAGCUUGGCAAGAGGGCCUGUAUCUGCUUGGAGCUGAGGCCAGGGGCAGAGCAUGUAACCAAAACCCCGUGAUUUUCCUCCAUCAGCUGCAAUUUUUGCACAGUAGAGAGCACACAGCAGGCUGGGAUCUCUGGAUUUGUUCCUCCAAGCUGUGCUGCGGUAGUGAUUUAGCACUCAAGCAGGAACAAGUGAGUCCUGGGCAUCUCUCAGGAUGGCUUUGUUUAAAUCAGUUUUGCUCCAGAUGAGAAAUCAUGGAUGAGUGCCAGCUGCCUGCAGCCAGGGACAGACCCCAACCAAAGUGAGGGUGUGCUGCCUUGGGUGACAGACCUCUGGGUCACUUCAGCAAAAACCUGCUCCAAAAACACUACCUGCUGUUAGGCAGCUGGGCAGUAAGCCUCAGGGAGAUAAUGUGCCUAACCUGAAUCAGAGCCCCCCCAAGAGAAUACAGCAGUUGAUGCAGGGUUACAGGGCUUUACAAGGUGCAGGAGGCAGAAGGGAACGGCUUUUGCCAUAGGGCAGCUGCUGGACCUUGUUAGAGCAGUUGGUAGUGUUGAAUUUUCCAUCUCCACAGGGCCCUGAGCUCAGGUCAAGUGUGAUAUGCAGCUCACUAAGUGUGUGGCACUGGGCCCUCAUGGUGCUGCAAACCCUUCCCCCUUGUCAAUGGGCAGUGUUUGGGGGAUGGGGAACGUAAUGGGGAAAGGACAGGAGGUUGCACUCAGGCCCUUCUCACAACCUGGAAGAGAUGAAGCUUCAGCCAGAUAAGCCCAGGUACAGGGGCUUUUGAGUCCCAAAACUCAGUUACUGCUGGUUUGAGCCUGAUGUGUGUACACCCUCUUGCUGCCCUCCAAGUUGCACACCUCCAUUUCACACCCAUACCAUGCUCUCCCCUCUCCACUCCUUCCUGCUGGCCCCCAGCCCGAGCCUCCCACUCUCCUCUGGGCUUCUCAUUGCUCUGCUCUGCUCCACUCAGGGCAGCCAACCCGAGCAGUUUCACCCUGCUCCAGCUUUCAGGUCCUCGCUCAAGGGGAGACCAGACUCAGCUACAAACAAGAGCCGCAGCAGCCUUCCUCCCUUGGGAUGUGCACGCUUGUUCUUGCCAUGCGUGGGCUCCUCUCUCCUCUCCUCUCCUCUCCUCUCCUCUCCUCUCCUCUCCUCUCCUCUCCUCUCCUCUCCUCUCCUCUCCUCUCCUCUCCUCUCCUCUCCUCUCCUCUCCUCUCCUCUCCUCUCCUCUCCUCUCAGGAGCUGCCCUCCUGUGCUCAGCUGCCUCUCCUCCUGCUCCAAGGCCAAGCUCUGCCGCAGACCGUGGUUGUCAGGCGGCGGGGGGAGCGCUGGAGCCCAGGGAAGGCAGAGGGUCAGGCGAUGGCACUCUGCAAAUGAAUAAUGCAGCGCCCAUCGCUUGCGGAUGCCGUGUUAAUAUUGCAUUCCCAGGCAAAGCCUCUGGCUCUUUGUUUCUUCAAGGCCUCCUCACCCAGGGCUGGUCUGCAGCUUGCUGCAGCUUUUAGCCCAGAAAGCACAGGGCUGUUUGUGCUGGGUAGGACGCAGAGGUAGACGCCAAGGUUUGAGGAUGCAGUUCCCACCCUGGGCUUGUGACCCCACCGCAGGCCCUGUAGGCUGCACUCCCGGGGGUCUCAAGCUGUUGCCCUCUGUGCUGAGGGGAUAGGUGUGGGGUCCCCAUAUUAUACCUCAAAGUAGAGGAUUGUCCUGUCCCAUCCCAUUUCCAUACACUCCCAUCCCCACAGACGCUUCCAGCUGUGGGUCUCUGCCCACCCUCCCAAUUCUUCCACCCUCACCAGGCUGCCUCGUGGCAGUCCUAAACCUGCCCCUGCCUUCCCACUGACACCCUCCAGCCCCUCUCCACAUUACCAUUUCCACCCUGAGCUGUGACCCAUCUCUCCUUGCCCCUCCCCUGGCACAUCUCUCUGCCCCUUCCCCAUGCCCACAGCCCUGCCCAGGCAGGCAGGGAUGCCCCAGCUCGGAUCGAGCCCUCUGGGGCUGUUGCAAACAGGGUCUAAACCCAUGUGAGGGCCCCCACGGUGCAGCUUCCCUGUGCUGGCGGGAGAGGGGCGAAGCAGACACAUCCCCCCCUCCCCUGGGGAAACAGCAAUGACGGCAGCCGAUGCCUACUGUUUUUCUGGAGGUUUAUUUCUCAUUUCAAGGGCUUAUCCCCCUCUGCUCCCUGGCCCCAAGGGCAAGUCCAGGCUGUGACUCGCCUCUGCAGGCUGUUGUGCAGCCCCCUCAGCGGCAGGAGCACUUGCAGGCGGCCACGACGGGGUAGGGGAUGUGCCGCCAGGCGCAGUGCAGGGGGCCGGGAGCCCGGGAGGCCCAGCAGUGCCAGGCCAGCAGCUUGAUGUGGGUGAGCUGUGCCGGGCGGCAGGCCAUGCCGGGGGGCCAGGAGCAGCCGGGGGGGCCGGUCUCGCAGGCGGUGUGGCGCACCCAGCGCGGCCAGAACACCGGCCCCAGGUCGACCCAGGUGGAGGUGAGGCGGCAAGCGGCCCGCUCCACCAGCCAGUGCCGCAGGCGGCGGGCCAGGGCCGCCGGCAGCUCGGGGGGCAGCGCCGGGCCAGGGGGCAGCAGCGUGGGCAGCUCCAGCCCCUCCACCUCCCGCCACAGCUUGCGGCGGUAGCGCCCGGCGCCCUCCGCCAGCUCCCGGCUCAGGGACUCCAGGUUCUCGUCGAGGACGCUGCCGUUGCCGCGCCGGGGCUCCUCGGUCGCCAUCCAGAAGGGGUCGAAGGCCGAGCCCAGGAGCCGGCGCAGCCGCCCGGGCCGCAGGUGCCGGGGCUUGGGGGAGUAGCGGUAGUCCUCGGGGGAGAGAGAGAGGCUGUAGGGCCGCACCGGGGCCGAGGGCCGGCCGCGCAGCAGGUGGGCCGUGGGGUCGGCGGUGCUGGGUGGCGGCGACGGCGGCAGCUCCCGGGGCCCCUCCGGAGGCGGCGGUGGGCUCGGGGCGCCCGGCUGUGGGAGCGGGUAGAGGAGGAGGAGGAGGAGAAGGAUGCAGCCAUGGUGCAGUCCCUCCAUGCGCACGGGUGCUGUGGCAAGCUGUGCUGGUCUGCGGGCUCGCGCCGUGCCGCAUCCCCCGGGUUAUCGGCGCGGCCUGAAGCAUGGCCUUCCCCUUUUCCCUGGUUACGGCGGCUGAUAGCGAGCUGGCGGGGACACCCCGCUCCCUCCCGCCGAAGGAGCGGGCGGGAGGAGAGGUCGCGCCGUCCCUCAGGGCUGCUGCGGAGGGGAAGGGGCCGGCGCCUCCUCCUCCCCGUCCCGCUCCGUGUCUGGAAGCAGCGUUCAGGAUCUUCCCAGUGGAGUUGGUGGCCUCCAGGUCCUGCCAGGAAAGGACCCCAAGCUGGGGCCUGGAAGCCCCCAGGGCACAGGUCCCAUCACAGGGGUGGACUGCAUGGGUUGCUCUCGGCACGUCAGCCAGCACAAGUUCUGUCCCGGGCAGCCGUGACAGAGCUGAAGCUCUGGAGAGGGCCUCCCUGGAUGCCUUGUCCACACUCCUCGCACUGCAGUGCCCCAGCAGUGCUGCUGGAAGGCUGGCCUGAGCUGGAUGGAAACCAAAACCUGCUUUCUGCUCCUUCCCUGGGUCAGACAUUGUGGAAAAGAUUCGAUCUCCUCUGUGCAGUGCUACUAACAAUCAAUCAAUUAAUAACAGCUCAUAAUAGCAAUUAAUUGCUUGUGUUCCCGAGGAUUUAGACCCACAUCCCAGGGACAGGCUCAUGGUGCUGGGUAUUCAGACCACAAAUCCUGAACGUUGAGUGUUGAGGGGUGCUGGCAAGGCCUGCAAGGGUCCAUGGGGUCCUGCCCCCCUCCAUCCUCCCUCUCCUACCAGACAGCAGUGAGUUGUUUUCUGCGCUGCCCCCUCCUUGCUGGAGCAAGGAGCAGCUGAGCCUGCCGGAAGGCUGGGCAGAGAGGAGUUAACUCCAAACCCAACCUCAGGGAGAGGGGAAAAAAAACACCCCCGAACAACAGAGAUCAAUGGAUCAGCAUCAAGAGCAGAGGGAGGGAAAAGGGUGAGACAGAGAGAGAGGAGAGGAGCUCCAGAAGGAGAGAGACAGUGUGUGGGAGCCAGGAGAAGAGAGAGCAGAGCUGGCAGCACAGCAGAGCACUGGGCAGGGGUGACAGCGCUGCCCACACAAACUCUUGGGCUGCCCGCGCCCUCCUCGCCACCGCUGCCUGAGCUGGACCCGAGGGCUUCCCAAAGCGAGCAUCGAAGCUGCAGGCCCUUCCUCACAGAGGUGAGUACCAGCUUCCCAAGCUGAGAGGUGGCCUGGGACUCCCCGAGGAGGGACACCACGGUGCCCAGAGAUGCCCUGCAGCCUACAUGCAGGGUGCAUGCUCAGAGGGAGACUGUGGUGCUCUGGUCGAGCGAGGAGGUGCCACAGGGUGGGAUAGAGGAGCCAGACAGCAGUAGGACAGAGGGGUGACUUUUUGGUGUGAUACAGAGAGGCUGGCGGGAAGGAGAAGUGGCGUGAGCCGAGGGGUGGAGGAGCAUGGGGUGAAGGAGCUCACUCAACCCUAAAAAGAGUUAAUUGCAUGUCAACAGUUGCUAGAUAACAGUGUCUUUCCCUCUUGGUUGCUGCUCAGGGAAGGACAAUUUGUUCUAAUGAUAGCACAACACGGGAAGGCUCGUUAGGAGAUAGGCUGUUGGCACUCCCGGCCCGAGCACCCCCCCGUUGCUCAGGGCUGGAGGAAGUUUUGCAGCAAAUCACAACACCUCGAGCUGCAGGGAUAACAGCCUUCGCAAUGAGUGGCACCUUGUGUUUCAGGCAGCUCUGAGGUCUUCCUCCCAUCCUCUCCUACCUGUCCCUCAGCGUCAGGAAAAGGUGCCCUCAGUCGCCUCUCGUCUGUGGGGCAAAAACCGCUGCAGAGGGGGUGAGUGAGGAGCAGCUCGGUGGAGGGUGGAGGUGGUCUCAAGCAUGUGUGAGGAGCUCUCUCGUGGCUGGAGCGUGGAGGGCGCUGCUGCUGAGGGGUGUCAUGCAUCCAGCCGUGGGAGAGGGCACAGCCCUGCGGUGAGUGUGCCAGGACUGCCCAUAGCCCACAGGAUCCCCUUUCCCCUGGCCUCGUGAUGGCCAAGCCCUGUGAGCAAAGUGGGCCAAGCCCAGCCAAAGUGAGCAACCCCAAGAGGUUCAGCAGCUUUGGGAUUGUAGAAGGAAUGUAGGGAAACCAGGCAGCGGGGCAGGGGCUCAUUCAGGGAGCCGGGAGCACAGGAGACAUCGUGGUGGGCAUGUGCAUCUGGGGCCAGAGAGAGGGGCCUCAGCUCUGCCCAAGCCAGGCAGAUGUGGGCUGACUGAUCCCAACAGCAUCCUUGCCAGCAACUGUCACAAGGAUCUGGAUGUCGUCAUUUAACCAGCUGGUUGGGAUUGACAUCUCUGCAAGAAACGUGGGUGUCACCGAGAUCAGGCACCUCAGGUGGCCACUGUGACCAGCACCUGUGUGCCCAUGGCCAUGCACAGGGGCUGUGUCUCCCUUUCUCACCACACAGGUCCCCACAGCCAGAUGUGGAGAUGCCGGGGAGGUGGAACGCCUCUUCCGACAGCCCGGAGCUGCGAGCAGCAGGGAUUAUUGUGCCCGUCAUCUUCUCCCUCAUCUUCCUCCUGGGUACUGUGGGGAACGGGCUGGUGCUGGCUGUGCUGCUGCGCAACGGCCAGGCCACCAUUUACACCCUGGAUGGGUGGCUCUUUGGGGCCUUUGCCUGCAAAGCUGUGCAUUUCCUCAUCUACCUCACCAUGUACGCCAGCAGCUUCACCCUGGCUGCCGUCUCUGUUGACAGGUACCUGGCCAUUCGCUAUCCGCUCAAGUCCCAGGAUCUCCGCACCUCCCGAAACGCAGGAGUGGCCAUUGUAGCAAUCUGGUCGCUGUCGCUGCUCUUCGCGGGGCCUUACCUCAGUUACUACCAGAUUGUCCAUUACCACGGGGUGCCCAUCUGUGUCCCCGUCUGGGAGGACCGGCGCCGAAAGAUCCUGGACGUCCUCACGUUUGUCUUUGGCUACCUCCUGCCCGUGACCGUGGUGAGCCUGGCGUAUGCCAGGACCAUCAAGUUCCUGUGGACCUCCGUAGACCCCAUAGAACGGAUCUCGGAGACCCGGAAGGCCAAGCGUAAGGUCACCAAGAUGAUUGUGGCCGUGGCCAUCUUGUUCUGCCUCUGCUGGCUGCCCCACCACCUGGUCAUCCUCUGCUUCUGGUUUGGCCACUUCCCCUUCAACCGAGUCACUUACGCUUGCCGGCUGGCUUCCCACUGCCUCUCCUAUGCCAACUCCUGCCUCAACCCCAUCGUCUAUGCCCUCAUCUCCAAGCACUUCCGCAAGCGCUUCAAGCAGGUCUUCACCUGCCUCUUCUUCCAGGACAACACCAGGAAGAAGAAUAAGAAAGUUGGAAAGAAAGCCCGAGCGGUCAAUGCAGGCAAAGGUUUCACCAACGGCACCAGAUGUUUCCGUGGAGGCAACACCGAGGUGUCUCAGGUCCUGGAGGAGAACACCAGGAAGAGGGAGCCGGAAGGUGCCAGUUGUGGCAGAGCAUGGACUUGCCAGCUACAAGAUGCCGUGGUCUCGGUUCAGAAGGAGCAACUGGAGGAGGAGAGUUUGGUAAAGGCUGACCAUCCCCUAGGCAUGACCCCUCCAAGAGAAACUCGGGAGUUCCUGACUCCUCACUACAGGUGAACCAAGUGAAGAAACCUGUUUCCAAAUGGUGAGUAGCCACUCUGUCCCCAAAUGGGCAGAAUAAUGUGAGGCAGAGGGGAAUGGGUGCAGCAGAGACACCGAAAAGAUCCUGUGGCAAUGGCUAACCUGUUGUUCACCACUCCCUGGCCUGCAGCAUUCAUGUAGAAUCCACCCACACAGUUGCAGGAUGGAGGGACAACUCAACGUGGUGCCGAGCGACCUGGGUGGCAUUCCUGCAACAGCUUGUAAGGGCCCCAUUUCCCAGCUCCCUAACUUGCUGGGUUUGUACAGCACCUUGAAACUCUAAGAGGGGGGCAAGCAAAAUAAAACCGCCCUGGUAGGAAGUCCAGGCUGUUAAGGGCAUGUGAGAACAUGAGGCGGAAGAGUGGAGAGAGUGCAGGAGGAUAUGAGUGUGAACAGGGUAGCUGGCAGGUGCUGUCCCUGACAGACCCAGCGGGUGAAACACUGUCUGCUGCACACAUGCCCUUCUUUUUCCCUGGGCCAAGCCUUGUCCACCUCCACCCCCCUUCCCUAGCCCCCAUAUCCAGAUCAAAAGACCUUUACCAUGCUGGCUGGUGUACAAGGUGUACAAACAGCUCAAUGAACCCUGGAGCAGUCACUACUCAUACUCAAUGAAUACAAUUCAUGAAGAGUGGAAAGGCUCAUGUGCUGAUACUGCUGUGUGCCUCCCUUCUGCACCUGUGGCUUCUCAGAAGGUCGAGGAGGAGAGGACCAUCUGCCCAGCCUCUUCACCCUGCUCCAUUCGAAGUACUUGCUGGAGGACGUUUCCUAGAGCUCUGUCCCCUCCCUAGCUCUGGCUCUCACAAGGAGAUCCUGUGGGAUGCUGUCCCAUUUCAUAGCACCGCUUGCAGUUCAGGAGCGUUUCCUGAUAGCCAUCCUCAGUUCUUCCUGAACAAGCCCAGUAGCUCCUCCUUCCACCACAUUGUUCCACCUGACCCAUCACUCUGCUCACUCUCUGUUUGCCGUUUGCAAAUUGCUGAAGGACUGCUGCCUCCUCUUUGAUGUUUGCUUCCUACACAGGAGUUUCAUCCCUUCCUUCUGGGUCUGGAGGACCUGUUCCUCUCUGAGCAGUGACGUUAUUCAGUGACUAUUAGCCCCAUGUGUGAUGUUAUUUGGUGAUAUUAGCCCCAUGUGUGUGGUUUAAUGGCUUGACCAGGCAGUCUGUCCUAUGCAAUGAUGAUGAUUGUGGGUGAUGUUACCAACCUGAAGGAAGCAGCCAAGCUGCAAAAUGAGCUGUGGAACUGAGUGACAGUUGUGGGGAGGAAAAGAAGAAAGAAACAGGCCCGUGAAACCCACAUGCGCUUCGUUCAGUGCUGUCUCCUCAGUGUCCCUUUCUAUUCUACGCGGUGGCUUCCAGGAGAGCGUGAGGCCUACACCGCUCUGUGGGUUGGGACAUCUUCCAAGAGGGCCACCAUUGUGGGCUUGCUCCCACGUCUGCCUGAGAGCAAAACCUUCCCCUGCUCCGUCUCUGAGCAGCCACAGAGGAGCCUUUGGCUGUGGUAGCCGCUCCAUGCCACCCUGCAGCAGGGCCGGGACUCCUCAGCGUGGCAGCGGGAAGGACAGGAAGUGCUGUGGAGAUGGCGGCAUGGGACAAGGAAUCGCAUUCGCCAGAAGGUGCUGGAAUUUCUCUCCUGCUUGACCUUAAUAAACCCUGGUAAUUACCUUC